AUGGCCCGCACCAAGGUCAAAGCCGAGGAGGAGCAGGGGAUGAGUGCAUUCGAGAAGAUGCGCCUCGCAAACAUUGCGAAGAACAAGACCAUGUUGGACGACUUGGCCAAGGCUUCGAAUAAGAUCAUGCCUCCCAAGCCCAAACCAGCACCAAAGUCUCGGUCGACUCCAGUAAAGAAGGAGCCUGUCGCUCCCACUGGCCCGGUCCGUCGCAGUGCUCGCGUUGCAGGCUUCGAUGCCGACAACGAGACCCUGAAGCGCAAGUACGAGGUCGAGGUUGAAGAAAAGGCUGCCCAAGAAAAGGCCAAAAGGACGAGGAUCGGUGGCAACCUUAGUCUGGGAGACAUCGCCGUCGAUGGCAAGAAGUUCAACAACGGAAUCACCGGAUUGAGCGCACUGGUCCCUCGGGGUGCCCAGCCCGGCGUCCCCACAUUCACGGAUGAAGACGUGGAGAACACGUCUGAUAAGGACCUGAAGGAGUUGCGCAAGAAGAUGGGCAAAUUGGAGCUCUAUGAGAAAUGGAGCCCGCAAGGUACGUCAGGCAUGGUGUGUUUAUCUUUGAUUGUAGUUGCUCACAUAGUCCCAGACAUCAAGAUUUGUCCCUUGCGCAUCUACGCUGCCACUUUCCAUCCUACAGAGGACAAACCCCUGGUAUUCGCCGGUGAUAAGGAAGGCGCUCUAGGUGUUUUCGACGCCUCUCAGGAUGGCCCCCCGGAGAACGAUGAUGACGAAGACGCCUGGUUCGACCCCAAGAUUGGUGCCUACAAAAUCCACACCAGAACGAUUACGACCAUCAUCGUUUCUCCGUUCGAGCAGCAAAAGGUUUACACGUCCUCAUACGACUCUACCGUCCGUGUGCUAGAUUUAGAAAAGGACGUUUGUUUGCCCGUCUGGGAGCCCGAGGACAAGAAUGAAGAUAUCCCCCUGUCUGCCAUUGAUAUCCCUCUAACAGAUAAGAACAUUAUCUAUUUCUCCACUCUCAAUGGCGCCGUUGGAAAGGUCGACAUCCGCGACCCCAAGUCCACAGAGAUGUGGCAGUUGUCCGACAACAAGAUUGGAGGCUUCUCUCUGAACCCGCGCGAGCCGCACCUUCUGACCACGGCGUCUCUCGACAGAACGGUCAAGAUCUGGGAUUUGCGGAAGGUCACCGGCAAGGGAGAUAUGAGACACCCUGCCAUGCUCUACGAGCACAACUCCCGCCUAUCAGUCUCUCACGCGUCAUGGAGUCCCGGCGGCCACAUUGCCACGUCUUCGUACGAUGACACCAUCAAAAUUUACGACUGGGCAGACCAUGCCGACUGGGACAAGUCCACCGAGAUGGAGCCGAAGCAUAUUGUAAAGCACAACAAUCAGACUGGCCGUUGGGUGACCAUCCUCAAGCCCCAGUGGCAAAAGCGCCCGAAGGACGGCAUCCAGAAAUUUGUGAUUGGGAACAUGAACCGUUUCGUCGACGUGUACGCCGCCAAUGGCGAGCAACUUGCGCAGUUAGGUGGAGACGGCAUCUCGGCUGUCCCCGCUGUCGCUCACUUCCAUCCGACGAUGGACUGGGUGGCCGGUGGUACGGCAAGUGGAAAGCUGUGCUUGUGGCAGUAA